AUGGGUUUUGCGAUAUUCGUGUGUUUGGUAUACAUUUUCAGUCUAACGCCUAUACUAUCGGCACAGGUAUUAACGGACGGCGAUUGUCUGGGCUAUGCGUCCUUCGACUACUUCCGACAAUCGCCAGGCGGUUACGACUCGGCCGACCGGAUGGACGGCCAACUGUGUGCCGCCCUCUGCGCCAAAGUGUGGAUGCCUUACGCGGGAGUUGUGAAACACCAGCACUGCCUGUGCGCCUACGAACACGACCGGCCAAACAUCGAGGCCAUCGAUAAGGUGUCGGCCGAACUCUGCGACCGCAGCGAUGAGUACGUCCGCUACUACGAGGGCAAAGUCAUGCACCCAAUCGUCGCGCUGGCCAUCAAAGGGUCGGCUGAAGAGGCGGCCGUCGACCAGGAGGUGAGCUUUGAGGUGAGUGUCGGCAGUGGCGAAGAGGUCGAGUAUUCGGUGGACUUUGGCGACGGAACCGAUCCGACCGACUGGUCGCCCACAAUGACUCACCAGCACCGGUACUUCAUGCCCGGCCAGUAUAUGGUGGUAGUGUUCGCCCGACAACCGGAACAUCUGAACCGUCGAGUGCUGUCCGAAAUCACUUACAUUCACGUAACGUCCGAAUUGGUGACCGAAAACAUACACUUCAAGUGUCCCAAAGUGGUAGAGCCCGGAGACCCGGCUCUCUGUAAUCUCACCGUCAAUGCUGGACAGCGUAUGGAAAUGACGGUCGACUUUGGCGACGGUUCACCAGCCGUUCCCAUCCCUCUACCCGAUGUGCCGAUGCGAUCGCUGGGCGUGAAUAUACCGCAGUAUAAGACACCAACAGUUCUGUUUGGAAGCGCUCUUAAACCCGAAGAAUUGCUUAUAAUUCCGUUACCGGAGAAGGAGUUGGACUCUUCGGCCGCCAUUCAAGCGCUGGAAGGUUACGGAGCGGCGCCGGGAAAUAUGCAAUUGUUUAUAUUACGAAAGGUGUGUCCGGAAGGGUUGGCCGAAUGCAACGAAGGCCACGGCAUCACGUGCUUCGAGCCGUCGGCCCUUUGCGUACUGAAUAAGGGCUGUUCAGACAAUUGUCAACCAUUUCCGCCCAAAAAGACCUCAUAUAGUAUUGUGAAGACAUUCACACUAACCAUAACUGAGGGCCACUUCUACCUGCAGUCGACGAGUUCUUUCCGUAUGCUCGCCGGCGAUGUGUUGGCCAUACGUAGCGAUGGCGCACAACUGGCCCAUCGGGCGCCCAAAAAAGGCGAAACACCCGACUAUAUCACAGACCAUUCGGCGGACGGCGUCACCGCCUUCUCAUCGGACGCGUUCCGCGAAGUAAAACAGAUGAAACACUUGAUCCGCGCGAUUGUCAGCGAACCCCUGGCACUGACUGUACCGCACGAGUACGAGGAGAGCGGCCGAUACGGCAUCCGUUUAGCGCUGAAGAACCGGUGGACAGCGGCCGCCAUUACCCGCGAGAGCUCUAUCAAUAUCCAGAGCACUAUCUCAAAGAUGAGGUUAACGGUUAUGCCGCCCGACACUCCCGUUGACCAACGCGUGGACAUCACUAUACAGUUGAAUAAGGGCUCAAACAUUAAGGUGUUGUGGGAUUUCGGCGAUGGAAAUACCGUCACCGAUCAAAUACCCGUAAUUAAAUCGAGUCAACGGUUUAUGAAGACCUAUAAGUACAGUCAGCCCGGCGUCUAUACCAUCCGCGUGAAGGCCGAGAAUCUUCAGGGCGAGACGUCGACCGAACACACACUGAUCGCCGAACACCCGGUGCACAAGAACUGGAAGAUUGUGUCCAAUUCGCCGCAACUGUUGCCCGGUUUCGUGGACUUCAACUUCACGUAUCCGAUGGACAAAAUAAUGCCCACAAACGCGAGCACUAUCAUCGACUUCGGCGAUGGCAAGCGCGAGGUGUGGGACGUGCCCGACACCGACUGGACAGGUCUUCAUGUCAUUCAACACGAGUACGAAAAGGCCGGCAAAUACAACGUUAAGGUCAAUAUGUCUAACAUCGUCUCCAAACAGAUUCGCCGGUUUCAGGUGGAUGUCUUGAGACGCAUCACCGGUUUGAAAGUGACCGCCAAAUAUCACAAUCCGGACAGAGGUUUCAUACCAGGCAUCGGUCCGAACACCGAUUACUUUCCUAUUGAUCGACAAAUUAACUUUACUUUUGCCACACAAACGGGUGAUAUUGAGCACUAUGUCAUCGAUUUGAAUGGCCAUCCGCUCCAGAACUCCACAGAUAAUGUCACCUCAUUUGUGACACAAGAGCCGGGUUUUUAUAACUUCACAUUUUAUGGCUAUAAUAACAUUCAAAAGAAGUCUAAAUCAUAUAGUCUUCCGAUGUAUAUCUUGGAGCCCAUCGAAGGGCUGGAUAUCUACGACAUGUCUAACGAUACGGUUGAGCCGGAAAUCAAACGGUUUGCCAUUGAAUUCGCAAAAAUGGGCACAAAUUCUUGUCUUAUCGUCGAUUACGGCCAGAAUAAGGCUGAGAUCGAGGCGUUCGGCGACUCUCGCAACUGUCGCUAUUUAUACCCCGAUGUAAAGUAUACUCUGAUGGGUAAUCUGACCAAUCCGUUGGAUAUAUCCAAACAGUACGAUAAGCCCAAAGACUAUCGGCUCAAGUUCUCGGUGUCCAAUCAGAUCUCGACAAUUUCCCGAGAAGUGACGGUCACUGUUAUAGAAAUCGAUUGCAAACCUCCGAUACUAAACAUCAGGAAUCGGGUCGUGAAUUGGCGCAGAGGUCUGGAGUUCUGGAAAUCAAAGCCAAUCCAACUGUUCUCGAAGACGAUCGUUGACUGUAACGCCACGACUGCUGUGACCAGAGUUUGGGACGCAUACCGGUUGGAGGAGGAGAACGGAACGGUUACAGAACAGGUUGACUUGUCUUCGCUCGACUCCUACCGCAAGAGUUUCCUAUAUGUGCCGCCGUUUUUCCUGCCCGACGGCUACUAUAUGUUCAGAUAUUCAAUCAAUAUGACCAGUCCUGAGCCCCACCCACUGCUCCCCUUCUACGCCCACUCUUAUACAUAUGUCAAAGUAGUCCGCAGUCCUAUAUCCGCGCAGUUGGCUGAAGGCGCUCAGUCUCGGGUCAUCCGGGGUUGGGGUCAGAGGAUCCGUUUCGCACCGGAAGAGUUCUCCGUAGAUCCGGACGACGCGACCAACAAGAACUUUGAGGUCCGCUGGUUUUGCCGCCGCAUUCCCGACGAGUACAUCGACAACAGACUGCCCGACGAGAGACAGAACUUUUCGGAACCACUCUAUGACCGGACGGGUAUUGACGAGGAGUGGGACGACGACGACGGGGGCGGAUGUUUCGGACGCGGACCAGGGCUGGAUAUCUACGACAUGUCUAACGAUACGGUUGAGCCGGAAAUCAAACGGUUUGCCAUUGAAUUCGCAAAAAUGGGCACAAAUUCCUGUCUUAUCGUCGAUUACGGCCAGAAUAAGGCUGAGAUUGAGGCGUUCGGCGACUCUCGCAACUGUCGCUAUUUAUACCCCGAUGUAAAGUAUACUCUGAUGGGUAAUCUGACCAAUCCGUUGGAUAUAUCCAAACAGUACGAUAAGCCCAAAGACUAUCGGCUCAAGUUCUCGGUGUCCAAUCAGAUCUCGACAAUUUCCCGAGAAGUGACGGUCACUGUUAUAGAAAUCGAUUGCAAACCUCCGAUACUAAACAUCAGGAAUCGGGUCGUGAAUUGGCGCAGAGGUCUGGAGUUCUGGAAAUCAAAGCCAAUCCAACUGUUCUCGAAGACGAUCGUCGACUGUAACGCCACGACUGCUGUCACUAGAGUUUGGGACGCAUACCGGUUGGAGGAGGAGAACGGAACCGUUACGGAACAGAUCGACUUGUCUUUGCUCGACUCCUACCGCAAGAGUUUUCUAUAUGUGCCGCCGUUUUUCCUGCCCGACGGCUACUAUAUGUUCAGAUACUCAAUCAAUAUGACCAGUCCUGAGCCCCACCCACUGCUCCCCUUCUACGCCCACUCCUAUACAUAUGUCAAAGUAGUCCGCAGUCCUAUAUCCGCGCAGUUGGCUGAAGGCGCUCAGUCUCGGGUCAUCCGGGGUUGGGGUCAGAGGAUCCGUUUCGCACCGGAAGAAUUUUCAGUAGAUCCGGACGACGCGACCAACAAGAACUUCGAGGUCCGCUGGUUUUGCCGCCGCAUUCCCGACGAGUACAUUGACAACAGACUGCCCGACGAGAGACAGAACUUUUCGGAACCACUCUAUGACCGGACGGGUAUUGACGAGGAGUGGGACGACGACGACGGGGGCGGAUGUUUCGGACGCGGACCA